AUGGACCCCACUACUGCUGCUACAGUUAGUAUGGACCCCACUACUGCUGCUACAGUUAGUAUGGACCCCACUACUGCUGCUACAGUUAGUAUGGACCCCACUACUGGCUGCUACAUUAGUAUGGACCCCACUACUGCUGCUACAGUUAGUAUGGACCCCACUACUGCUGCUACAGUUAUUAUGGACCCCACUACUGCUGCUACAGUUAGUAUGGACCCCACUACUGCUGCUACAUUAGCAUGGACCCCACUACUGGCUGCUACAGUUAGUAUGGACCCCACUACUGCUGCUACAGUUAUUUUGAACCCCACUACUGCUGCUACAGUUAUUUUGAACCCCACUACUGCUGCUACAGUUAUUAUGGACCCCACUACUGCUGCUACAGUUAGUAUGGCCCCCACUACUGCUGCUACAGUUAGUAUGGCCCCCACUACUGCUGCUACAAACUAUGUACUUUCAACAGUCAAGAGUUUGGUGAGGGUGAGGCUAGUACAUAGGUCGCAUGUCAACCUUUCAACCAUCAAAUGGGGCGCCUGGCAACCAAUAAAUGGAGAGCCAAGUGCACAGGGACACAUGACAACCAAUCAACAGGACCUCAGGGGACACGACCCGACCAGCGACGACUCAUGGGGGCAGGAAUGGUCGUCUCUGGGGUCGUCUGAACACCCUGAUGAUGACUGGUCCUCCCUGAGGUCGUCUCAACACCCUGAUGAUGACUGGUCGUCUCUGGGGUCGUCUGAACACCCUGAUGAUGACUGGUCCUCCCUGAGGUCGUCUGAACACCCUGAUGAUGACUGGUCCUCCCUGGGGUCGUCUCAACACCCUGAUGAUGACUGGUCCUCCCUGAGGUCGUCUCAGCACCCUGACGAUGACUCCUCUGGCUCGCCCGGCGGAAGCAGCACCCAGAACAGGAACCAGAGGAGAGGAAAGGCGUGUAAUUAG